AUGGCUACUUUAAGAUCACGGCCAUGGAACUACCUUCAAAAUUAUAUGUAUGGUCCUAAUCAAACUUGGUCUUCAUGUCCCUGUAAACCCAAAUUCUUCAAUUACGGUUUGAUCAAAGCGAAAAAUCGAAGGGUUGGGGCUGUUGGGUUGGCUCCUCUGUGGCAUGAAAGACGGAGAAGGAGAAGGUUAAUGGUGGUGGCUAAAGGGUAUGAUGGGUGGGAAGGUCAUGACUUUCAGCGAUGUGUUUUUUCGGAUGAAGACGAGAAGUUUGUGGAGGCCCUCCGGGAAGUUCAGCCUUAUAUUUUCUUGCACAGAGGCACUACAUUUGUUGUGGUCAUAGCAGGGGAGAUUGUUGCUAGUCCUUACUUGUUGGAUGCACUACUCCAGGUUACGGAUUUAUAA